ACUGACCCAAGUGCUGCCGAAUGCCCUUUGGUGGCUUGCAGCUGGUUGGGUAGGGACCGAUCAUGUUUGGUAAUAGUCAGCAUCUUCAGUACUCAUCUAGCGUUGUUUAGUAUCUCCCUAAAGCUUCCCAAAUAUCUCCCUCGGACCCUAGCAUAG